AUGAGAUUGAACAUGACGAGGUGCAAAGAAUUGUUUAGACCGGGAGUCAAACAACAGAAACGUGAGAGACAGUGAGAGGAAAAGAAGAGAAUUUUGUAGAAGCAAAGAAUGGCAGAAGUAGCGAACAGCAGAGACGCUCGCCGGCGACGGAGAAUCCUCGACCAAGGAUCCGACCGUCUCGCCUUCAUCACGGGUCGGAUCCAAACACUCCCUCCCACGCUUCCCGAUUCCGCCGCUUCAUCUACCCAAUUCCCCCAUCCAAACACCACCCUUUCCGCUUCUGUUCACCACUCCGAUUCCAUUUCGCACAAUCCCCAACCCUACAGCGACGACCACGCUCCCAACACCGCAAUCCAAACACCCCCCGAAAACCAGCCUGAAAGAGACAUUUUGACUGUUCCAACAUCUGAAAUCCAACCUGAACAAGUCCAAUUACAACCACCGGCGCCAUCGCCGUCACCAUCGCCAUCGCCGUCACCGUCGCCAUCGCCGUCACCGUCGCCACCAUACACCGUAGAACCGAAACGUUUCGUCACCCCGAGUGAUAUAACUUGUGCAAUCGAUUCCUCGAGGGUUACCCGACUCUGUUGUUCCGUUCUCGUGGCUCUUCUGGUGGUUUUAUCUUUUCUGGGCACAAAUUUGUUCAGUACUGUGAUCAGCGUUAGGCCGCUCUACGUUGUUCUUGUGACCAAUGUAACGGCUGUGAUUGCGAGACUCUUUUUCGGGGUACAGAGGGAUUCCGGAAGAACGCGGAGAAGUGGUUCUUCUAGUGAUGAUGGUGGAGAUGAAUAUUCGCAACUUGCCAGGAUGUUGGAGUUGUGUUUGGUGGCGAAGACUGUUGCGGAUGCUGUGUUCAUGGAUUGCGCUGUCUAUGCAAUCGUUCUCAUUUGUGGUCUUUCUGUGAUCAAAGCAUGAUACGGAAUUCUUGUGUUAGUUUGAACAUUGAACUAUUUGCUCCAUUUUUUUUGUUUUGUUUUGUUGUUUGAAACUGAUUUUUUAAUAUGAUUCGCUAUUUUCCUUUGGUUCUGCUUUAAUUUUAAUGGUCUGAAGUUACUCCCAC